UCUGUGUAGUAACUUAGUAAGCAUACAAUGUGCAAUACGUGCAGCUGAAUCGGACGUCAGUUAUUCGCGGAUUCGAGUGUGUUAGCGAUCAAUUAUUCUUCGAUGCAUUUUAGUUAUUAUUGUUAUUGUUUGUAAAAUUGUAAAAAAAAUUACACUUUUAGAUUUGGAAAAUAUUAUUUUUCGCGUGUGCAGUGUCGGUUGUGUUGUUGUGUUCUUUGAAGAGAGAAAAAAUUCCACUCAGCAAAUUUGUGGUGUGUAUUAUGCCGGAUACCGUUAUCAGUGAAGUUUUUUAAUCGCGCGACUAAAGCUGUAAACGGCUGCGAAGAAAAUACGAGUAAUACGAGUAUUCGGAAUGAAUUCGUGUUUUCCACCGAUCGCCGCGUUGAACAUUGGCGAUAGCGGUAGUGUCGAAAAACCUAAGAAAAAAAGCUCGAUAUGGGGUUCGAAUUCUAAUCUGAAGAAACUAUCGUUGACCAAAAAAGAUAAAAUGGCAGCCGAAGCUAAUAAUAACGGCGCUGGGAAAAUCGAAGUUUUGCAAGAUUUGGACUUAUAUUAUAUCAAACAGAUUGCUCACAAUUUGAAGGAGUAUGACUUGGAACAAAAGAUCGAACUGGAGAUAAAAAUGCGCGAAGGUGCGACGAAACUUCUCACCGCUUGUAAACACCAGACACAAGCCUUGGAAGCAUCCAAGAACCUGGUGAUGUCCAACGAACGUAUGACCGCUUAUUUGACCGAAUUGCAAAAACGCAAACGAGAAAUUCCAAAAACGAACUCCGCACAUCGUGCCUGUAGUGGCAGAUUAUCGCUAUCCGAUUUACGUAUACCUUUAAUUUGGAGAGAUACCGAUCAUUUCAAGAAUAAGGGAGAUUAUCGCAGAUUCGCUGUAUUUUGUUUGGUCAAAGUUGGCACGGAAAUGUACGAUACUUCUUUGCUGUGUCCGGUUGAUCGCUCAUCAACUGAUCUCACAUUUCCUGAUUCUUUGAUAUUCAAUAAAAUCUCAGCGGAUUUCAAAGUGAAAUUGGAAGUAUACAGUCAUAUGCUUCAAGACGAUCUGAGCAUUGCCAGCGCACCAAGACGUAUUAAAAACACCAUUCAUACCUCUAUUAGUCGAACCGUCGGCAAGAAAUUAGCAGCCAGUUUGAGAGAUGAACUAAACGCCGGAAAAAUCGGUCCAAAUUUCGAAUUAAUGGCAUCGGCUUAUCUGACUCUAGAUGACACAAAUGACAACGUUCGUACAUUCGACCUUAAAAUAGAAAAUACAGAAAACGGAAGAAACCAAUUACCUUUGUUUGGACACUUUUGUUGUCGUUUGGCCGCUCAGCCGAGUUGUAUGACGCAGGAAGUAUAUUCCUCAUUUGUUCACGUACCGGAAUCGUGUAUAAAAGCUAGCGCCAGCAAAGAUAAAAGAACCUGGAUUAAAUGCUGGGCACAACUUUUAGCGUUUAAACUUCGCCUAUGGACCAGUUACGAGCGUUAUUCGGAAGAUAAAGAACCGGAUGCCAGUAUUAGUGUGAAUAAGAACACCGUUGUCACCGUGAAAAAAUCUUCCCUAGACUUGGAAAUUUUCAGCGAAUACAACGCGAACAAUUCGAUAAUCCGUUUCGAAACAGCCGACCAAAGAAGCAAAUGGUACGAGCAUCUAGCUCAACAUAUUUCCGACAGUCAGAAGUGGAAACAAGCCGCCGAUCAGUUGAUGGAAAUACAAAUGAACGAACCCGAUCGUCAUUCUUACGUAGCAUCCAGACAUGGUUCUUUGUACGAUGAAACUCCUAUUAUAGAUUUAGACGUCAACAGAGACUAUAGUAAAAAUUGCGGCGUUAAUCAAGCGUACGGAUUUUCAUCGGCUGCUAGUGUGAAUUCGUCUUCAUCUUCGUCUUCGUCAUCGGUGGCCAAUUCUCCUCCAUUCAGAGAACGUUCAUUGAGUACGAGUUCGUUCACGAAACCUCGUGUGAGCAGAUUAUCUGCGUGGCCUUUCAGUAAAAAUCAUCGAUGAAAACAAUAGCCUCAACGUCAACACCACCGUUGGUUAUUAUUUAUCAAGACUGAGUUAUUUUCGUGUUGAAUGAACUCUAUGUAUCAGAUAUUGUAUUAUGUAUAUAGAUGCAGAUGAACCGAAUUAUUUUUGUUUGUAUACUUUUUUUCUUUUUUCUUUCUUUUUUUUCUUCUUUCUUCAAUUGUGUGUACUUUCAUUCGUAUAAAUUUAUUUUGUAAAUUAUGUUCGAUUUUUACGCGAUUUUCAUAUUAAAUAUGUGCUUUUGUUAUAA